AUGGCGGAGGAAGCAGAAAGAGCCGUGGGGGAAUUUGGCCCCCCAGUGGCAACUCCCUCAGCGAUCCGACGUCCUGCUAUUGCAGCCAACAAUUUUGAGAUCAAACCAGCCAUGAUCACCAUGCUGCAGAAUUCAUCUGUAUUUUGUGGUCUACCGAAUGAAGAUCCCAACAUCCAUCUUGCGAUAUUUUUGGAGAUUUGUGAUACGUCCAAGUUCAAUGGAGUAACUGACGAUGCGAUUCGUUUAAGGCUUUUCCCCUUCUCCUUGAAAGAUAAAGCCAAGCUUUGGUUACUGUCACAGCCACAAGACUCCAUCCGUACUUGGGAUGAUUUAUCUAAGAAAUUCCUUGCUAAAUUUUUCCCACCAGCCAAAACUGCAAAAUUCCGACAAGAUAUCAUGUCAUUCGCUCAAUAUGAUAAGGAACCUCUAUAUGAAGCCUGGGAACGAUUCAAAGACUUAUUGCGCAAGUGUCCUCACCAUGAGCUACCAACCUGGAUUCAAGUUCAGACCUUCUACAAUGGGUUGAGUCAAACAAGCAGGACACUAGUUGAUGCAGCUGCUGGAGGGGCUUUAAUGGCAAAAACGGCUACCGAAGCAUUUGAAUUAUUGGAGACCAUGGCAUCCAACAACUACCAAUGGCCAAGUGAGAGAAUGAAUCUGAAGCCAGCUGGGGUCUUGGAAGUCGAUGCUAUGGCUUUGCUAACAGCACAAAUUUCUAACCUUACUAAAAAAGUUGAUUCUUUAAGUGUUAAUUCUAUAAACACUAGUACUAAUUUUGGUUGUGAACUUUGUGCAGGCCCUCAUCCAAGUUCAGAGUGUACCACAGGGAACCCAUUUGCGUCUGCUGAGCAAGUCAAUCAGGUUGGAGAAUUGAAUCGACAAAGGAAUAAUCCUUAUUCCAAUACAUACAACCCCGGUUGGCGAAACCAUCCAAAUUUUUCAUGGAGCAAUACUCAGAAUGUGCAAAGACCACCACCUGGCUUUCCGGCUCAAGAGAAGAAAAUAAAUUUGGAAGAUGCUCUUACUCAGUUGACUAUGUCUACCACCCAAUUCAUGACUGAAACAAAAACUCAAUUUCAGAAUCAGCAAGCUUCUAUUCAGAAUUUGGAGGUGCAAGUUGGCCAAUUAGCUAAUGUCAUAAGUGGAAGAAACCAAGGAGUAUUUCCAAGCCAACCUGAAGUUAACCCGAAAAAUCAAGAACAAGCAAAGGCAAUCACUCUUCGCAAAGGGAAGCAAGUAAAUACAGCGAUCGACUUGGAAAAAGAAGCAUUAGAGAAAGAAAAAGAAGCUAAGAAGUUUGCGGCAGAAAUGGGGCAUGCAUUUUCACCACCAAUCACCACCACAGAAAAAUCCCAAGAAGAAGAAAAUUCUAUACCAAUUCCUUCUCUUCAAUUGAAGCCAUAUGUCCCACAAAUCCCUUUUCCACAGAGGUUGAGAAAAAAUAAAGUUGAUGGGCAGUUUGCAAAAUUCUUGGAGAUGUUCAGAAAGUUACAGAUCAACAUUCCUUUUGCUGAAGCUUUGGAACAAAUGCCAAGUUAUGCAAAAUUCAUGAAAGACAUUCUCUCCAAGAAGAGGAAAUUUGGAGAGCACGAGAAAAUCCAACUAACAGAAGAGUGCAGUCAUAAGCCAUCCGUGGAGCAUCAACGCCGAUUGAACCCCAACAUGAAAGAAGUGGUUCGUGCAGAGGUAUUAAAAUUGCUUGAUGCAGGUAUUAUUUACCCUAUAUCUGAUAGUAGUUGGGUAAGUCCUACACAGGUUGUGCCAAAGAAAGGAGGGAUGACUGUUGUAAAAAAUGAAAAUAAUGAGUUAGUCCCAACAAGAACUGUUACAGGAUGGAGAGUCUGCAUAGAUUACAGGAAAUUGAAUUCUGCAACCAGAAAAGAUCACUUCCCACUGCCUUUUAUUGAUCAGAUGCUAGAAAGACUUGCUGGGCAUGCCUAUUACUGUUUCCUAGACGGAUACUCAGGAUAUAAUCAAAUCCCUAUCGCGCCUGAAGACCAAGAAAAAACGACCUUCACAUGUCCAUUUGGCACUUUUGCCUAUCGUCGUAUGCCUUUUGGGUUAUGUAACGCUCCUGCCACUUUUCAGCGUUGCAUGAUAAGCAUUUUCUCUGACAUGGUGGAGCGAUUUAUUGAGGUAUUUAUGGAUGACUUCUCUGUUUUCGGUUCAUCUUUUGAUUCUUGUUUGGAUAAUUUGGCAUUGGUGUUGGCAAGAUGUGAAGAAACCAAUUUAGUUCUCAAUUGGGAAAAAUGCCAUUUUAUGGUACAAGAAGGAAUUGUGUUGGGGCAUAAAAUUUCAGCAAGAGGUAUUGAGGUUGACCGUGCAAAAAUUGAGACCAUAGAAAAGCUACCACCCCCUUCUACAGUGAAAGGAAUUCGAAGCUUCUUGGGACAUGCUGGGUUUUAUCGUCGAUUUAUUAAGGAUUUCUCAAAAAUUACAAAGCCUCUUUGCAAGUUGUUAUUGAAGGAUUCUGAAUUCAACUUCGAUUCAGACUGUUUGGAGGCAUUUAAUUUAUUGAAGAAAAAGCUCACCACUGCACCAGUCAUUAUGGCACCUGAUUGGGAAUUACCAUUCGAGAUUAUGUGUGAUGCCAGUGAUUAUGCUAUUGGAGCUGUCUUGGGUCAAAGGAAGAAUAAAUUACUACAUGUAAUUCACUAUGCAAGUCGUACAUUGAAUGAUGCUCAACUGAACUAUGCCACUACGGAAAAGGAAUUGUUAGCAGUGGUAUUUGCAUUGGAUAAAUUUCGUUCUUACCUAUUGGGUGCGAAGGUAAUUGUGUAUACGGAUCAUGCAGCUUUAAAAUUUUUGCUCGCCAAGAAGGAAGCAAAACCAAGACUAAUUCGAUGGGUUUUAUUACUUCAAGAGUUUGAUAUUGAAAUUCGAGAUAAAAAAGGGUCUGAGAAUGUGGUGGCCGACCACCUCUCUCGGCUAGUCCGUGAGGAUGAAGUUAUAGAAGAUGUUGGGCCUAUCCUAGAGACAUUCCCGGAUGAGCAAUUAUUUUCCAUCAACUCUGAGAAAGAAUUCAUCACUCCCUGGUAUGCAGAUUUUGUAAAUUACCUAGCUUGUGGUAUUCUUCCCCCUCAUAUGUCUUUUUAUCAGAAAAAGAAAUUCCUAUCAUUGAUUAAACAUUAUUAUUGGGAUGAUCCUUAUUUGUGGAAGCACGGUCCUGACCAAAUUAUACGAAGAUGUGUACCUGAGACAGAAACUAGUGGGCAAGUUGAAGUUUCGAAUAGGGAAUUGAAGAAAAUCUUGGAAAAGACGGUGAGUGCCUCUAGGAAAGAUUGGUCAUUAAAAUUGGAUGAUGCACUAUGGGCUUAUAGAACGGCGUUCAAAGCGCCAAUUGGGAUGUCACCAUAUAGACUUGUUUUUGGGAAAGCAUGCCACCUUCCGGUGGAAUUGGAGCAUAAAGCGUUUUGGGCUAUUAAAACACUCAAUUUUGACAUGAGUUCAGCAGGGGAGAAGAGGAAGUUACAAUUGAAUGAGCUAGAGGAACUUCGAAAUGAAUCGUAUGAGAAUGCGAAAAUUUACAAGGACCGUACAAAGAAGUGGCAUGACAAGCACAUCUUGAAGAAGGAAUUUUAUGUGGGUCAAAGCGUUCUCCUCUACAACUCACGGUUGAAACUUUUUCCUGGGAAACUUCGCUCUCGUUGGUCUGGGCCAUUCACGGUGUUAACAGUGUAUCCUUAUGGGACGAUUGAAAUCAAGAACGAUCGUGACGGUACAACUUUCAAAGUUAAUGGCCAUCGACUCAAACCUUAUGUGACAGCCGCAUUUCUUGAGGAGGAGAGCACCGUCCUACUCGAUGAUCCCAAGUAAACGCAUCCAA